AUGGCCGCAAACACUCGGCGAGGUAAGUUCAGGACGAAAGUCCAGUUCUUGACAGUUGACUCUAGGAAACAUGUUAAGAAAGAGAAUGUUGUUUUUGUUUUCAAUGAAGAUUUCACAAUCAAACAGGCAGCUGAUCAUUCAGUUGGUCAUUUUAAAGAAUCGGCACCUACUUUCAAUGAUGUCUUCGUGUUCUUUCGAGACGCCAAUGGGAAGAGAAUAUCCCAAUUGCAGAUGUCAAUGUGA